UUCACUGCUGUCAGCUCGGGGAUGGCAGUCCAACAUACACGAGCAGAGCAUUCCUCGUACGCAUUUUGACGCAGUACUCACUACUUACUGCUGCUGUUGCUGCCACUACUGGAUGGCACUAUAAGGCAAACACAGAGGGGCAGAAAAAUUCAUUAACAGUUAGAGAGUUGCUAGGUUUUAGGUCAAUCACAAUCACGCGUUUUUAGUAAGUACCUCCCUCCGCACACGUUGGUUCAGCGAUUGGAUAUCGAGAAGAUACGAAGCAAGGGGCUUGGCAGCAGUUUCCAUGGGAGAGUGGGCCUAGUGGUGCGCUGAAGCCCCUAAAUGGCAAUGCAGAAGUCGCUGCAGUGGACCUGUUUGAAGCUACCAGAAGAGCAGCAAUAGCUUUCUCCUGUUUACACUGUUAUCACUCAUCCGUCAUAUCUGAUUGUGCGUUAUCAGGAGUGGACUUACAUAUAUUGUGUACUUUAUUUUUCUGCUUUUAUAAAUACCCCGACUGGUGUCAUUUGCGAAUAACACGAAUACUGUCAUACGCUGACCGACUCGAAUCCCAAUAACAUCCACAGUCAAAAGCUAAGCCAGUGGGCCUCCAGAUAAGCGACUUAGUAAGCAGACAUUUUUAAUUAGGAAUUGAACGGAGAGGAUCACCGAUCACAAUCCAGUGGUGAAAGAUGUCGCUGUCGAAACCGUUCUACAGUUUGCUCGGAGCGUACUUUGAACAGCUGUUCAAUCACCCGGUCCGGACCAAGUCCAUCACCAGCUGUGUCAUCGCCACCUCGGCCAACUACUGCUCCCAGAAAAUCGCCGGCACGAAAAAAGUAAACUCCGACACACUGGUCGCCUAUGGCCUGUUUGGGUUGAUCUUCACCGGACCGCUGUCGCACGUGUUCUACCAAUGGCUCGAACGGAUCACAAACGAUCACCGCUUCAAGCAGCUGUUGAUGCUGCUGGGUGAACGGGCCAUUUUUGCACCGGCCAUCACCGCCCUGUCGCUCUACUUCAUCACCCGCUUCGAGGGCAAAAGCCACGAGGAUGGCGUCAGCAACCUGAACGACCUGUACAAGCUGAUCCUGGUCAACAAUUGGAAGUACCUCACGCUGCCGGUGCUGAUCAACUUCCGGUUUGUGCCUCCGAUGCUACGCGUGCUUGUCGCCAAUAUCAUCGGAUUCUGCUGGAUCGUCUUCCUGUCGGCCAAGCGCCGAAAGGCCGAGCUCAUGCGCCGCCAGGCGGAGGAACAGCGAAACUCCUGAGUGACGGAGAACGUCUCGUUCUGGCCGUUCGCCGUGCUGACGGGGAAACGCUGGAACGACGACGACGAUGUUGACAACUACGUAGCACCGGAGAAGCCCACGUCGUACGAGAAGCUGGCCGGAGGCAUAUCAACGUAGAGGUACACACACAACCACACGCAUUCGGAGCGAGGCAGUCGCGACAAAAAAAAAACCAAACAGCAAAACUUUUGGAAACAAAAAAUCCGCAGCAAUCAGUUUUUUUAAUUUUAGUUAUUGUUUUUUCGAAAUGGAAACAGCAGCAUUCCAUUAAUUAAUAGCAAGGGACAAAACGGUUAAUAGGAAAUAAGUUCCGGCGAUUUACAAACUUUGCAAAUGUUAGUGCAAAGAUGGAAACGACCCAGUAACAACAAUAAAAGAAACCGAGAACAACAAUUAGCAGAAAUUGCAUAAAUAAAGCUAACAAAGUAAAGAAACAAAACAAAAACCAGCAGCCUUUUUUAAAUUCGCGCAUAUAAACAAAUAAAUAAAUAGGAAAACACACACAAACACUCGAAAGCUAGCAGGCGCGAGCUAUCGAGAUGCGCAGCAUAAACAAACAACUAGGAUACGUUUCAAAAUGUAGACGAAACUCGUUCCAGCAUUUAAAAAGAGUAAAAAAAACACAAAAAAAAACAAAAAUCAAAUUCGCUUCCUUGGUAAAAUAAUGCAAUAAUAAUUAAUCAACAGCGGGCAAAGCUGUGUGCGUGCAGUGAGAAUGAAAUUCCUGUUUUUAAUUAUUGACUAUUUGGUAGCAGCAAUCAGAUCAGAUUCUUACUGCAACAUACACAAACAAACACAUUGGAAUAGCCAACGUGUUUGGUAAUGGUUGUAGUAUAAAAAAAAACAAACGCUAGGGUAAGAGGGAGUGCGCGAAAGACUUUUUUCUGUUACACAUUUUUGUUCUUGGAUGUAAGUUUAGUAUGAUUAUGGGGUAAAUAAAAGCAUUUUAUAUCACACGA